AUGGGGCCACCAAAGGUCCUGGAUUUGGAGGUUCAAGGGGGGAUGGCUCGUGGUGAUGGACACGUGGCCUUGGCCUUCAUCUCCAUCCUCAUCCUCAGCACCAGCCUCUUGGCCACCACCCGAGCUCAGGGCAACGAAAGUGACAAGACCCCAGAAGACGAGUCCCGCAUCAUCGGGGGCAGACCCUGCUCCAUCAACCAACGGCCCUUCCAAGUGGCCAUCACCAAGAGGGGCCAGAUCCUCUGUGGGGGCAGCUUGAUCGGUGCCCAAUGGGUCUUGACCGCCGCCCACUGCCGACAGCCAAUCAGGUGGCCAGAAGAUCAUCUCCUGGUGGCCAGAGGUGGAGUCUGGUGCUUCCAGAUGUUGCUGGCCCAGAUGUUCCCUCCAGAGGGAUCCAAAGGUUGGGGUGUCCAGAUGUUGGAUGCCCAGAUGUUCCCUCCAGAGGGAUCCAAUGGUUGGGGUGUCCAGAUGUUGGUGGCCCAGAUGUUCCCUCCAGAGGGACCCAAAGGUUGGGGUGUCCAGAUGUUGGUGGCCCAGAUGUUCCCUCCAGAAGGAUCCAAGGGUUGGGGUGCCCAGAUGUUGGUGGCCCAGAUGUUCCCCCCAGAGGGAUCCAAAGGUUGGGGUGUCCAGAUGUUGCUGGCCCAGAUGUUCCCUCCAGAGGGAUCCGAAGGUUGGGGUGUCCAGAUGUUGGUGGCCCAGAUGUUCCCUCCAGAGGGAUCCGAAGAACCUUCUGGGACUUUCUCUCACAACCUUGAGAAGAUGGUGACCAAAACAAAGUCCUCCCUGCUGGAGCUGGAGGUGGUGGAGAUGGAGCAGAUGGUGGAGAUGGAGGAGAUGGAGAAGCUCGUGGAGGUCAAGCUGGAGAUGCUGGAGCUGGAAGUGGUGGAGAUAGAGGUGGAGAUAGAGCUGGAGAUGGAGGUGGAGAUGGUGGAGAUGGAGGAGAUGGUGGAGAUAGAGGUGGAGAUAGAGCUGGAGAUGGAGGUGGAGAUGGUGGAGAUGGAGGAGAUGGUGGAGGUAGAGCUGGAGGUGGUGGAGAUGGAGAUGGAGGAGAUGGUGGAGGUAGAUUUGGAGCUGGAGAUGGUGGAGAUGGAGAUGGAGGUGGAGAUGGAGGAGAUGGUGGAGGUGGUGGGGAUGGUGGAGAUGGAGGUAGAGAUGGUGGAGGUAGAGCUGGAGGUGGUGGAGGUGGAGAUGGAGGAGAUGGAGGAGAUGGUGGACGUAGAGUUGGAGCUGGAGAUGGUGGAGAUGGAGGAAGUGGAGGUGGAGAUAGAGGUGGAGAUAGAGCUGAAGCUGGAGGUGGUGGAACUGAAGCAGGUAGAGAUGGUGGAGGUGGUGGGGAUGGUGGAGAUGGAGAUGGGGAUUGGAGGUGGUGGAACUGAAGCAGGUGGAGAUGGUGGAGAUGGAGGGGAUGGUGGAGAUGAUGGAGGAGGAGAUGGAGGAGAUGGUGGAGAUGGUGGGGAUGGUGGAGAUGGUGAAGAUGGAGGAGGUGGUGGAGAUGGAGCUGAAGCUGGAGGUGGUGGAACUGAAGCAGGUGGAGAGGAGAUGGAGGAGAUGGUGGAGAUGGUGGGGAUGGUGGAGAUGGUGAAGAUGGAGGAGGUGGUGGAGAUGGAGCUGAAGCUGGAGGUGGUGGAACUGAAGCAGGUGGAGGAGAUGAUGGAGGUGGAGAUGGUGGAGGUAGAGCUGGAGAUGGAGGUGGUGGAGAUGGAGGAGAUGGUGGAGAUGGAGGGGAUGGUGGAGAUGGAGCUGGACCUGCAGGUGCUGAUCGGGACGGACACGUUGAGGUCGGGGACGGGGGAGGUGAGAACCAUCACCAAGCUCUGGGUCCACCCCUCCUACAACCCCCGCAAGAACGACAACGACUUCAUGGUCCUGAGGUUGAACAAACCCGUGGAGUUCAGCAACAGCAUCAAGAGGAUCAGGUUGGCCACCAGGUGCCCCAGGCCUGGCAUGAGGUGCAGCGUCUCCGGAUGGGGAACCAUUAAAUCUCCUGGAGCUCUGCUGCCCAAGGACCUCCAAUGUGCAGCCAUCCAGACCUUUGGAGAAGCCAAGUGCUCCAGGGCCUACGGAAACGCCGUCACCCGCAACAUGUUCUGUGCUGGGGUCCCCCAGGGGGGCAUCGACUCCUGCCAGGGGGACUCGGGAGGCCCCUUGGUGUGCGACGGGGUCCUGCAGGGGGUGGUGUCCUGGGGCAUGGCCGUGUGUGGCCGGCGGGGACAACCCGGUGUCUACUCCAACGUCUGUCGUGCUGCGUCCUGGAUCCGGAGGCUCCUCAGGGAGCAUUCCAGCCCCACCAGCUCCAUCAUCUCCACCAGUUCCAGCCCCACCAGUCCCACCAGCUCCAUCAUCUCCACCAGUUCCAUCCCCACCAGCUCUACCAGCUCCAGCUCCAUCACCUCCAUUCCAGUUCCUCCAGCUCCAGUUCCAGUUCCACCAUCUCCAGUUCCAGUUCCUCCAGCUCCACUCCAGUUCCACCAGUUCCACCACCUCCAGUUUGGGGGAAAAUAA